AUGCAACGCUCAAUUGUUCAAGUCGCUCGUGUUGCCACCGAAACCGUCGCUGUCGCCGCUCGUCAGGGUAAGUUGCUGGGCGUGGUAUUUUUUCAUUUUUUUGGGCUUUGGCAUAGGUUUUUGGCUACAGGCGGAUUUUUUUGGUUUAGGUAGAUUUUUGAUCGAAGAUUGAUGAAAAUUUAGUGUUUUAGGUAAUAUUUAGCACCAAUUAGGGAGUUUUUAGACAAAAACAAGUUGCCAAGAUAGGGCAUGUUUUCUUUUAAGUUUUUUACUCAGGGCAUGGGUUUUCAUCUCAGGGCGGAUCUUUUUCUGAGAUCAACCUGGUUUUAGGCCAAAAAUCUAUAAAAAUUUAGUAUUUUAGGUAAUAUUUUUAUUUUUUUCAAGGGAAAUGAAACGCGAAAGCUUAUGAAGGUUUAGGUAAUACUAUAUAAAAUGUAAAUUAAUUUUUUUGUUUUGGGUAGAUUUUUUAAUUUUAAAACUAUUUUAACCUCUAAAGAAGAGUUGAGGUGAGAGUAAGUUUAAAUGGUCAUAAAGUAAAGGGAAUUAAAAAUUUUAAAAAUUUUUUGAAAAAUUUGGCUAGGUUAUGAAAUUUUCUUUCGAAAUUUAUAAAUUUUGGGGCAGUUAUGAUUGGUUUUGGCAACUUAUAUUGAUUUAUGUGGGUAUAGGUGGAGCUGAAUUUUUUCUUUUUUCGGAUUUUUGGCUAUUCUUUGAUUAUACAAUGUCAACUCUUAUGAGAUAAGACCAUUUGUCAUUGUAAAAGUAUCGUUUCAAUGUAAAGUUACGAAAACAUUGCUAAAACAACUAUAUUUUUAGGCGAACGCCGCUUCCUGUCCACCACCACCAUCCAAGAGAAGAACAUCAUGGACAAGGCUAAGGAGACCACCGCUCAGGCCUGGGAGACGGCCAAGGAGAAGACCGAGCAGGCGGUGGAUGCCGCCAAACAAGCUGUUGGAUCGGCGUCCGACCGAAUCAAGGAAACCGCCACGGAAGCCAAGCACGCUGCCCAGGAUUCGGGACGAUCGGCCGUGAAUGAGGCCAAGGAUAAGGGCCAGACCCUGAAACAGCAAGCUCAGGAGAAGGGUCAGGACCUGAAAGAGAAGGGCCAGGAUUUGAAGGAGCGGGCCAAGGACGCCGUCUACGAGGGAAAGAAAGAGUUCAAGAAAGUAGGUAGGCUUAUGUUUUGGGUUUUUAGUGAUUUUAGGCUUAUGGGUUUCCAGGGAUUUUAGGGUUUGUGAGCUUAGGUUUGUUAUUAAGGCUUUAGGCUUUUUUUUGGGCUAGGCUCGGGUUUUUGGGAUUAUCUGCUUACUCUUUGAAUUUUAGGCUUGCUUUUGUGAGGUUAGGUUUGCUAUUGGCGCUGUAGGCUUAGUUUAUAAGUUUCGGCUUAUCUGUGGGAUUUGGUGCUUAUUUUUUGAGUUUUAGGCAUUGCUUUAAAAUUUUUAGGCUUAUAUUUUAAGUUUUAGGAUUGUUUUUGUAAUUUUAGGUCUAUUUUUUAGAUUUUAGGCUGUGCUAUAAAGCUUUUAGGCUUGUUUUUAGGGUUUUAAGCUUAAUUUUUGAUUCUUGAAGCUUAUAUUUUGAGCUUUUAGGCUUCUUUUGGGAAGGUAGGCCUAGCUUUUUCGUUGUAGGCUUAUUUUUUUGAUAUUUUAGUUUUCUGUUUUGCGUUUUUAGCUUACUUUCGGGUUCAUAGGCUUAAGCUAAUUGGUUUUUUUAAACCCAAUUGUGGUUUUUUAAAUAUUUUGAAAUUUGAAAAAUUUUUUUAUUUAAAAAUUUCAGAACUGAACAAAGACGAUGCCGAGACCCGAACCCGUUACCAGUAG